CGUGAUUGGCAGAGCAGGUGGUGGCAGAGAACAAGACUUGCACGGUCGAAGGAGCGGAAGGGCAAUGGGAAGAGGUGGGGGCUUGAAAUGGUGAAGGGGCGUGGGCUUCUUACUGACCUGCGAGUCGACAAACGCCUCCAGACGACACAAGAAGAGCACAGCGCGAACGGGACAACGCGCAAGGUCUACAGUCGCGUGACGUUUUCGUUAGCGCCCCCCGCUGUCGACGAUUGCUGGAAGAACGAGGGCCUGGAUGCGCAAGGGGCCUGCGAUAUGAUGCCGGCGACUUCGAGCAAUGGCGGACGCGACGGCUCCGACCCGUUGCAACCACCAUGCGGGCCACUCUUGUUCUUCACUGUUCGCGCCGACAGAAGGCGUCUCACAGGGUCCAUCGUCCAGUGGGUUGACGUUGGCGAAUACAAUUUCAAGUUUAUGUUGAAGAAGCAUUACAGAAGUGAUGGUUUCAUCGACGACAUCGCAAAAGGAUGCAAGGUUGCCAGGAGGAUGUUCGGCAAGUACGGCCGGCGUGCCAUGUCUUUGUCGUACUUUGUCCCGCUAGCGCCGGGGCACGACGAGGCCGUUCACGUGACAAACGUCCUCGAGGUCUGGGCGAGAUCUGGUACCUCUGUCAGUGUCGUGGACGUCGGACCUGGGACAUCGAUCACUGGUCCUGUUGGGUUUGCGGGAGGAGAGUGCUCUGAAAGGGGGAUGGGAGGUCAGGGUGGCCUGCCACCUACGCCUCCUGAUCAAGAGGUGGCCGAGGUUUCGUCUGGAGAUCGCGCGGGUGGUCCGCAGGUUCGAGAGGUUUUGUCUAUGCGGGACAUUCGCAAUAUCUGGAAAAUUAAGGGCAAACCGCGUGUGGUGCUCGGCAAUGCGUCGAAGAAAAAGGACGAGGUGCGAAAGUGGGUGCAGUUCAUGGCGUUGGCUAUGAAGACGACACCGUACACGCCUUUGUGGAACCUGUCAAUGGAAGAAAAGAAAAGAAAGGAAUGGGCUGAGAAACUUCGAUACUACCUUCCGCUGGCCAUGGCAGAUGACUCCGUCUUCACUUUGGGAGAGAAGUUCUACGAGGAGUGGUCAAAAGGGAAACUCCUUGCUUCCGACAGCCGGCGUUGGACUGAAAAGCCGCCCACCCAUGAGGAGGUGGCCAAGCCAGGACUCUCCACUGUGACUGACAGCCAGGGGCUGAAGAAACACGUCUGGUACGUGAAGGUGGACGACCCGUCGUUGAAAAAGGGCAAGGGGAAGCCAAAGAAAGGCGCAGAGGAGAAAACUUUCUACAUCCAAGUUCCUGAGCCGGAUGUCCACUGCUGGAAGGAAUUGGUGGACUUGACGGAUCGCGAGAAGAAAAGACUGUUGAACGGCGUCUUGAACCUUAACUUCGAGUACGAGGAAAUAGAUAAGCGGGAGUGGAAUGCCAACUCCACGUUCUUCAGGUCCAAGAAGCAACUGUUCGAAGAGUUCAAGGACAAAGGUCUCGACGACAAGCUUUGGAACGAGAGCAGAAAAUUUUUCACGGACUCCACGUACGUCAACAAGUGCCCUCAGUUUCUCGGGUGUCAACACGACAACAACAUCAAGAGAACGGCGGCCCUCAUCAAUGUCCAACAUUUCCCGGUGGAGUGGAAACGUGUCGUCCUUUCGGUGAUCACGGGAAAUCGCGCCAAAGGCAAAAAAAACCCUCGGGGCGUUGAUGAAUGCAUCAACAUUAUGUGGACGAGGACAAGCGCCUUGACGACACUGACCCAGUUUAACAUCGACCCAUUGAGUGCAAUAGAUCAUAAGGAGGCGCUGGGAAAACUAGGGCAUCAGCUACGCUCCCACACUUGCGUGCUCGACUUGUGCGGAACUGUGGACCGUGCGCAAUGGAACUCUGGGGCAUUCGCGUCUCUGAGUGAGUUGCUGGGCUUCGUUUGUCAGGACUACUGGACAUUGGUGGUAUUCGUUCCCUGCCUGUGGAACCUCUCCUUCAUGACAUCUUUGUCUGCGCUUGGGGCUACCCGAUGCUACACGGGGAAGUGGGUUCGGAAGACGGCAGCGAAGAAGACGCAUCAGUUCGGAAACAUCGUCUGGGAGGAGCCGGAUGUGAUCCACAUCCUUUUCAAAGGCGAGGAUCCUCGACUACUGACUCACCCGGUGUACGAGGGAGCUGUUGCUGAAGACGACGACGCCGCUCUCCGUAGAAAACAAAAAGUGACACCCACGGAUAUGGAGGAGAAGUCUUUCAAGUCCUUGAUUUUCGCGGACAUCGGAAACCUCACCCAGAGGGGGGCUUUGUACAAGGACGGCGAGCGGAAUCCGAAUCAGUUAUGCAAUCAGCUUCUUUUCUUCUGUGGUGUGGCAGAUGCCGUGCUGUUCUUGGGCAAGCCGCACACGCAGGUGGUGUGGAGUCUGCUUCAGCAGGGAAGGCACGUCUUGGCCGUGGAUGGGGACACAACGCAGCUCAAAUACACCGUGCAGUAUGUCACCCAUGAAGUGUCGUCCAAGGCUUACCCAUGCGAUUUCCACCAUGUCAUGGUCGAGCCCGUUUAUGACCCGAACAAGGACAUGUUCUUCAAGUUGACUCCGAAGAAAAGGCGUCAGGUCUACUCCUUCCUUUACGGCGAACAAGCAAGGUUGAGAUUUGACCCGCAGUACGUGGUGCGGAAGGAAGUCGCCAUUGCGGUCCUCCAGGGCUACCACGGAGCGAGUCGGGCCGGCGCUGUGAGCUUCAUUAAGAGGUUGGAAUAUGUGUUUUUUAACGAGAAUGUUGUCGAUCGGGCCCACUUCACUUUGGAUAACUACAAGCUGGCAUUCGGUGAGGAGGACGACUUCAAUAUCGAGAAUGAGCAGGAGGAGAGCAUUGAGGACGACCUCUUCGAUUUGGACGGGCAAUUGGCCAUCUUCAAUGCCAAAGUUUCUGAGUCGCCGUCAGUAUGCAAACCGGGGACACCUCUCGCUACAACCACCUCGGGCGRCCCUACGCCCGUGUCCUCCUCAGCGCCUGUCAAGAGGGGUGGGUUGUCCUGUCUGAGGAGUUCGCCGGGGGAGCCUAUUCGUCUCACACCGCAGCCCGAAUGUCUUCGACCUGGCCAUCCAGUUCCUCCGGACCAUCCGCAUCUCAAGGCUCCUGCUACUCCCUUCCACAUGGGCGACAAACACACCUUCUCCACAGCCGAAGAUUGGGGCCAUGAUAUCGUGUGGCACCCAAACCAUUUCCAGCCAGUCCUUCUCGACGGCAAAUGGGCAGUGGCUGUGAGGGACGUAAGUGGAGGGUGGAUAUAUGACGAUCGUUGGGAUCUCGAGACAUUCAAAUCUCGCGCCUACGAUGCGGUUUUGGAGAGGUUAAGUGAGAUCAAUUGACGAAGUAAGGACGACCCUGCUCUGCGCGAAUACGGGGACACACUGUUCGAUUUAUUGCAGUCAAAUAAAUGACUGGAAGUGUC